AGAAGCUCAUAACUAAAGUUAUGGAACGGAAAAGGUUUUCUCUUGUGCUUAUAUACAGAGAGUUCAAGCCACACCUGCUCAUGAUCUUUGCUCAGGUGGCCUAUACCCUCGUAUAUUUUAUCACUGAAGCUUCCUUCAAUCAUGGGAUGAGUCCUCAUGUGUAUGUAACCUAUCGGCAUGUUGUGGCUGGAGUUGUGAUGUUCCCUUUUGCUUACUUUCUGGAGAGAAAUGUUAGGCCAAAGCUGACAUUUGCUCUUUUCAUGGAAAUUUUUGUGCUUUCUCUGUUAGGGAUUAGCUUGACUCUUAAUAUGUACUUUGCAAGCCUGAAAUGCACUUCCCCGACCUUUGUUGCUUCCAUAAUCAACACUAUAGCUUCCCUUACCUUCAUCAUUGCAGUGGCACUCAGGUUUGAGGUUCUUGAUCUUCGAAAUCCUCGUGGUAUAGCAAAAGUUCUUGGGACCUUGAUUUCUUUAGCUGGUGUAAUGACUAUGACACUAUACAAAGGACCCAUUAUGAGAAAUUUAGGGCGUCCUCUAAUCCAUAUUCAAGGCAAAAGUGCUUCUAUCAAUGAGAGCUGGUUAAAAGGUUCACUUCUUACAGUUUCAAGCUGUGUUACAUGGUCUAUGUGGUACAUUAUGCAGGCAGCCACUUUGAAAAGAUACCCUGCCCAACUGUCACUCACUACGUGGAUGUGCUUUAUUGGAGCAGCACAAUCAGCUGUUUUCACAGUGAUAGCAGAACAUAAUAACCCUUCAGCAUGGACUAUAGGCCUCAACGUUGACUUGUGGUCCACAUUAUAUGGUGGAGUUGUCAUUGCUGGUUUGUUAAUCUACAUUCAACUAUGGUGCACUGAGAAAAAAGGGCCAGUUUUUGUCACAAUGUUUAACCCUCUUUGUACGAUAUUAGUGGCAAUUCUAGCAUACUUCGUCCUUGGUGAGAAACUAUAUUUGGGCAGGAUUCAAAAGCUAGCUCUAAAGGUGGGAGUUCCCAAGGACUUAUAAACUCCACAUUGAGCUAGUUUUCGGGGUGGUGUAUCCCAAGGUUCUUUACAGUCUUGAAGACUCCUUUCCUCUAAACUAGCUUUUGGGGUGAUGUAUCCCAAGAUUCUUAUCACAAACAUAAUUCUAGAAAGUAGGAAUUACUAGUUUAGUGGACAAUUUUUUUAUUUAGGGUCAUGGAAUUUUAGCUUUUAAUAUAGGAAAAAAUAUUUAUUAUUUUAAAGGAUAUAGAGUUGUAUCCUUUUAAGUGAGAGAAAGACACAAACUAAUAUUUUUUAUUUAAAAUUUUAAAUUAAAAAAAAUCACUCACUCUUUCUUUCAUAAUUUUCAUUACUUGUGUUUUUCUCUCAGUUAAAAUGACACAAUUCCAUAUCUUUUAAAAGGAAAAAUACCAAACCUAUUAAUAUGUGAUAGUAUCCUUUUGCCAACAUAAAGUGGCUAGUAAUAAGCACAUAUAUAAUUUGUUUAACAUAAAAGGAUUUAUAUAUCUCUAUCCAUGAAUUAUAGUAGAUGACAUUAUGUAUUAAUGCUUUUACUCGGCCCUAAGUUAAGUAAAUCAUGCAAAUUUAACAUCAAGUAUAUAUUCCUGGAAUGAGAAUUAUUAUAAUUCUGAAAUUUGCUUCUCAUAAAAUCAUCUUCAGCAUCAUAGGUGCAUUCAUUGUCAUAAUUGGUCUGUACUUGGUGUUGUGGGGCAAAGAAGGGGACCAAGAGGUUUAUGUGAAGACCAAAGAUAAACCGCAGUGCAGUGGUGAAGACCCAGAAUGCAGAAUAUAGCCAAAAACAAUAGCUGGAAAGGAGGAAGUGCACAUCCAAGUGGAGGAAGACAACUAUAUAUAUAUAUAUAUAUAUAUAUAUAUAUGAAGAUUCGUAGUCAUCAUGCUUAGAGGAUUCCUCGUCUGAAUAAAUUUCUUCUUUUAUAAGAGGAGAGGUGGGUCUGAAUGUAUUGACAGCUGAACUUGUUUACAAAAUUAGAGGGAAAAAAGGUUUGGAAGACAAUGGAGACAAUACAGAAAUAUAGGUAAACAUAAAUUGACCCUAGUCCACGCAUGUAUUUAUUAUACUAUAGAGUAGGGGUGUAACUAUCGUAAAUAAUCAAAUAGAAUAAUUUCAGUGUUUU